AGCGCGCGGAGCGGAGAGGCGCCUGGCAAGACCCGAGCGCAGCGCGAGGCAGUCAAACCGCUGUCUGUCAUUAGCUGAGAGUGUGACAGAGGAGUGAACGAGGAGAGAGAGAGGGAGAGAGGGAGAGAGAGAGAGAGAGAGAGAGAAGAGAGAGGGAGGAGGUCCUGCUUCAAACAGCCACACCGGCCUGAGAGGAGAGAAGAAGAACAAGAAGAAGAACAAGAGAGCACCGGACCCCGUGCGAGAGAGAGAGAGUGAGAGAGAGAGAGAGAGAGAGGGAGAGAGUGGGAGACUGACAGGCGUUACCGAAACUAGACGAACCGAAGCGUCGACAUGAGCGGUCAGUUUGAGGAAGAUAUCCACGACCGGGGCGAGAGGAAGGGCAGCAAAUCCCCGACGCUGCUCUCCUCUUACUGCAUAGACAGCAUACUGGGCCGCCGGAGUCCCUGUAAGGUCAGACUGAUAGGGGCGCAAAGUUUGACGGGUCUGCCCGGCAGAGGGGAGCUCGACAAGACCGCUGACAGGCAAACGAAAGACCCCCUUUCUCUCAGCGCAGACAUGCACCUGCCGCCCAAGCUCCGCCGGCUGUACGGACCCGGCGGGAAGUACCUCCACGACCACGCAGAGACUCUGGACAGGGAGCGGCUCCUCCUGGAACAAGCCAGCGACAGCCUCAAAAUCAGCCAGGCGCCGCAGGUGAGCAUCAGCCGCAGCAAGUCCUACCGGGAGAACGCGUCGCUGAGCCGGGGAGAGGGCGACCAGAGCCCCGGGGAGGGCUCGGAGGACGGCAGCCUGGGACUGGUAGAGCUCGGUCCGUUGAAGUUCGAGGAGGACGCAGGGAAGGAGGAGAGCUGCGGGGACGCGGCCGCACUGUCCCCGAAGGACGAGGAGAGGGAGAGCUUGAACGCCGGGGAUGGGGACGUGAGGGACGGGGAGGACAGCGUGUGUCUGUCGGCGGGCAGUGACUCGGAGGAAGGGAUGCUGAAACGGAAGCAGAGAAGAUACAGGACUACGUUCACCAGUUACCAGCUGGAGGAGCUGGAGAGGGCUUUCCAGAAGACACACUACCCCGAUGUCUUCACCAGAGAAGAGCUCGCAAUGCGCCUGGAUCUUACCGAGGCCCGUGUUCAA